AUGGACACUUUCUACAUUGUUUAUUUCGUCGUCCACUUUUGUAUCUCGAUUCUCAUUGAUUCGGCCAUCGUCCUGCCGGAGAGCCUCACGCAUCCUCUGCAGAAGAUGCUUCUGCAAACGCAAAUCACCCAGAACCACGACCCUCUGCUCGUUGACAAGCCUGUUUGGCUACAAACAUUUGUUUGGGUAGAGAUCUUUCUGCAGGUUCCCUUCUUUGCUUGGGCUGCCUAUGCUCUGGCUAAAAAGAACAAAAAGGCCUACAUUGCCUGUCUCAUCUACGGCGUCGAGGCAUCCACUACGACCCUGGGCUGCCUGGGCGAGGUCGCAAUGUGCUCGCUGGACAUGGCUCGCAAAGCCAAGCUUUUCGCCAUCUAUUUCCCCACGUUUCUCAUUCCGCUCUACAUGACAUACGACUUUGGCACGAGGCUGUGUCGAAUUGUGGGUGAAAAGUCUAAGCUUGAAUGA